UGUGUGUGUGUGUGUGUGUGAGUAGCUAGGUAUUGAUCUGGUGUAUGUAUGUGUGUGUGUGAGUAGCCAGGUAUUGAUCUGGUUUAUGUGUAUAGUAGAGUGUGUGUGUGAGUAGCUAGGUAUUGAUCUGGUGUAUGUGUGUGUGUGAGUAGCUAGGUAUUGAUCUGGUGUAUGUGUGUAUCAGAGGGUAUGUAUGGCAGUGAGCAUCUGACGGAGGUCUGUGAUCGAUCAGUGAUGUCUUCUCCAGCAUUAAACACACGGAUCUCUAGUAAUGAGUGAUGUUUCUCACUCAUAAAGGCCCCGCUUGUUUGCUUUAUUUUGUUGCUUAUUCUAAGUCAGAUUUGUUUUUAAAAGUGAUUUGUGACGUAUUUUACUCAUGUCCUAAAGUUUAAUGGCUUGACGAACAAUUUGCGUCAUAGUUGAUAUUUUAAAUGUGUUAGCUGUGAUUGAACUGGACACAGUAGAGAAGAGGAGAAACAAACCCUGCUAGGAAUCAAGAUGAUGUGCGAGGUGAUGCCCACCAUCAGCGAGGCGGAGGUCGGCAGUAACGGAGGCGGUCGGGGCCCCGGCUCUCCCGUGCAGACGGACUCUGAGGGCCACUUUGAGUCUCUGAUGGUGUCUAUGCUGGAGGAGAGAGACCGACUGCUGGACACGCUCCGAGAGACGCAGGAGAACCUGUGUGUGACGCAGAGCAAACUGCAUGAGAUCAGCCACGAGAGAGACUCACUCCAGAGACAGCUCAACAGCGCCCUGCCGCAGGAGUUUGCUGCUCUCACAAAAGAAGUGAAUAUGUGUCGAGAGCAGCUGCUGGAGCGAGAGGAGGAGAUCGCCGAGCUGAAAGCAGAGAGAAACAACACACGCUUGUUGCUGGAGCAUCUGGAGUGUCUGGUGUCGCGUCACGAGCGUUCUCUGAGAAUGACCGUAGUCAAGCGUCAGGCUCAGUCUCCCGCCGGCGUCUCCAGUGAGGUGGAGGUGCUCAAGGCGCUCAAAUCUCUCUUCGAGCACCACAAAGCCCUGGAUGAGAAGGUGAGAGAGCGUCUGCGUGUGGCUCUGGAGAGAUGCAGCAUGCUGGAGGAGCAGCUCACAGCCGCUCAUAAAGAGCUGGUGUUUCUCAAGGAGCAGAGUAAUCAGAAGAGGGUGAUGAUUGAUGGAUCAGCAGAAGUGAAUCACAGCUCUGAUGCAGCACCAAACACUAAUGGCCAGCAGCGCUUGUCAGACGUCUCUAUGGGUGCAGAGGAGGAUUGUGGGAAGGACGGGGAGCUGCAGGAGGCGAUGGACAGACAGAGUAAGGAGCUCCUGCACCUGAAGGAGCGUGUGGCGUCUCUCUGCAGCCACGUCGCUGAGCUGGAGGAGGAUCUGGACACGGCCCGCAAAGACCUCAUCAGGUCCGAGGACAUCAACAGCCGCUUGCAGAGAGACUUACGAGAGUCUCUGGCUCAGAAGGAAGACAUGGAGGAGAGGAUCACCACGCUGGAGAAGCGCUACCUAGCGGCUCAGAGAGAAGCCACGUCUGUCCACGACCUCAACGACAAACUGGAGAACGAGAUCGCCAACAAGGACUCGCUGGUCUGCCAGAUGGAGGACAAGGGCAGGCAGCUGCAGGAGCGUCUGGAGCUGGCGGAGCAGAAGCUGCAGCAGAUGCUGCGUAAGGCCGAGACGCUGCCGGAGGUGGAGGCAGAGCUGGCUCAGAGGGUCGUGGCCCUCACUAAGGCGGAGGAGCAUCAUGGGAAUGUGGAGGAGCGUCUCAGACAGCUGGAGGCUCAGCUGGAGGAGAAGAACCAGGAGCUGCUCAGGGCCCGUCAGCGAGAGAAGAUGAACGAAGAGCACAACAAACGUCUGUCGGAGACGGUGGACAAACUGCUGUCCGAGUCCAACGAGAGGCUGCAGCUGCACCUGAAGGAGCGCAUGUCUGCGCUGGAGGACAAGAACACUCUGAUUCGGGACCUGGAGCACACCAAGAAGCUGAUAGAAGAGGCUCAUCAUGAGAAGGAGCAGCUGCUCAUCCAGAUCGAGAGCAUGAGGACCGAACACGAGCGCGGCCGCAGCAGGAGCAACUCUCUGCUGCAUCAUGGGCGCAGUACGCCGGACUUCAGGUACCCGGUGUCGGUGUCGUCAGCGAUGGACAGUCACUGCAGUGGAGCGCUGGUGCUCAGACGACCGCAGAAGGGCCGCGUGUCUGCGCUGCGAGACGAGCCCUCGAAGGUGAGCGUGGAAUGCGCACAAGACGAUAAAGCCACUAUCAGAUGUGAGACGUCUCCUCUGUCCACACCGUCCUCCGUGAGACUCCAUAAAGGAGCGCUGCACACCGCCAGCCACGAGGACAUCAGAGACAUACGGGGGUCAGUCGCACACCCACAGCGUUAUAGUGAUGAGGAUCGUUCAUACAGGAGCAGAGAUGUGACAUGUGUCUCUAUGUCUCUGUGUCUCUGUCUGUCUGUCUGUCUGUGUCUGUGUCCCAAACUCAGGUUAGGAUGCUGUCUGGUGUGCGAACUCAUGGAUUCGCUUGUGAUGAAGAAUCUGAAUCCCAGCUUGUUCUGGCGAUGUUUCUCUGAUUUGAUGAUGGAAGUGAAGUCUGGACAUGAGUUGCUGGAGGAAGCCUGUCGACAGGGUCUGCCCUUCGCUCUCUGGGACGGUCCCAGGGUGGUGGUGUGGCUCGAGCUGUGGGUCGGGAUGCCUGCGUGGUAUGUAGCGGCGUGCCGUGCUAAUGUGAAGAGCGGAGCCAUCAUGUCUGCCCUGUCUGACACCGAGAUCCAGCGCGAGAUCGGCAUCAGCAACCCUCUUCACCGCCUCAAACUACGCCUCGCCAUUCAGGAGAUCAUGUCUCUCACCAGCCCGUCAGCGCCACCUACCUCCAGAACGUCUUCUGGAAAUGUCUGGCUCACACACGAGGAGAUGGAGAGUUUGGCCGCCACGCCGCUCACGGAGGAUGAGGAGGGCAGCUGGGCCCAGACUCUGGCGUAUGGUGACAUGAACCACGAGUGGAUCGGUAACGACUGGCUGCCGAGCCUCGGUCUGCCUCAGUACCGCAGCUACUUCAUGGAGUCGCUGGUGGACGCUCGUAUGCUGGAUCAUCUGACCAAAAAAGACCUGCGCAGUCAGCUCAAAAUGGUGGACAGCUUCCACAGGAACAGUUUUCAGUGUGGCGUGAUGUGUUUGAGACGACUGAACUACGACAGGAAAGAGCUGGAGCGGAGGCGUGAGUCCCAGGUGGAGGUCAAAGAUGUGCUGGUGUGGACGAACGAGCGCGUGCUCAGCUGGGUCCAGGCCAUCGGGCUGAAGGAGUAUGCUGGGAAUCUUCUGGAGAGCGGCGUUCACGGAUCGCUCCUCGCUUUAGACGAGUCCUUCGACCACAACGCCUUUGCGCUGCUGCUGCAGAUCCCUACACAGUGCACUCAGGCGAGAGCGGUGCUGGAGCACGAGUACUGCCGUCUGUUAGCCGCAGGAACCGAGAGGACACUCGAGGAGGAUGACGACAAGAACUUCCGCCGCACACCGUCCUGGAGGAAGAAGUUCCGGCCCAAAGACGUGCGCUCCGCCGACACACUGCCAGCCAGCUUCAGAGUGAGCACUGCAGACGCACUCACCAAGAAACCACAGCUGGACGGAGGUGUGAGUGUACAGCGUCUGGACUCUGCUGCGGUCAGAACUUACUCCUGCUGAUGGGUGUCAGCGGAGGAGGACGAGGCCCUUCACAGACCCGGCGUCCCAUCAGAACUCUGUCAGACCUCAGAUCUGACGCCUCUAUUCAUGUAAAGCAAGCGACGUUCACUAAGUUAGCAGUGUCUCGUAUCGACUGUUGCUUGAUUUGAUUUGGUCAUCU